CGGGACCAGGGCAGCGGAUGAAGGCGUGCCUCACCACAGAAACACAACAUGCAGGUGGAGGGAAGAAAACUCAAUCUGUUGUGUUGCAGCUGACGACAAUGACGCGUCAACUUCUACUCGUGGUCCUCAUCCUAAAUGCUUCUUUCAAGAUAUCAGCCAGCCAAGCUCCUGUCUUUGAAGUCGGAAAGGAAUUUGAGCUGGUUCGGACAGUCCGACUUCACUCCGUGAAGAGAAGAGACGCCGGGAACCUUAGGCCAGAAACCAUUAAGUAUGCAAUGACCGUGGGAGGAAGAGACAUUCAAAUGCACUUACAAAAAAACAAUGACUUACUCAGCAAAGCCUACACAGAGACUUUCUACCAAGAAGACGGGACAGAAGUCACAACUUCUCCAAAUGACAUUGAUCACUGCUACUAUCACGGAAAGAUUGUGAACGAAAGCGAUUCGACGGUCAGCAUCAGCACUUGUGACGGACUUCGGGGAUACUUCAGGACAGCAGCCCAGAGGUAUUUGAUCGAGCCCCUCACCGGUGAUGAUGAGGGCGAUCACGCCGUGAUAAAGUUCAAUGUGGACGACUACACGCCCGCGGUCUGCGGUGUCACGAACACUACAUGGAGCACAGAUUUCGAGCCCCCAACGAGCCGCAGUCGCUCCAGAUCAGCGGGUAUAUCUAUUGUUCAGCAACAGAAAUACAUCGAGCUCUACCUCGUUGCUGAUAACCGUGAGUACCUGAAGAUGAAGCGGGACCAAACAGAGUUGAGGAAGAGGAUAUUUGAAAUAGUCAACUUUGUCAACAUGGUGUACAAGCCUCUGAGGACCUUCAUUGCGCUUGUUGGGCUGGAGAUCUGGUCCAGUGGUGACUUGAUCUCUAUCACUCCUCCAGCUGGAAAUAAUCUAAAUGCUUUCAUGACGUGGAGAAAUUCUGUGCUGGUCAAGAGGAAAAAACACGACAAUGCGCAUCUUAUCAGCGGGAUUGACUUUGAGGGAGCAACCGUGGGGCUGGCGUAUAUCGGGACGCUCUGUUCGGAUCAUUCUGUCGGUGUAGUGCAGGACCACAAUAAUCGCGCCAUUGCUGUAGGGGCCACGCUGGCCCACGAGAUGGGCCACAAUCUCGGCAUGAAUCACGACGACUCCAGCGCUUGUGCCUGCUCCGGCGAUAGCUGCAUUAUGGCUGCAGCCCUCAGCUGGGACAUCCCUCGCGCCUUCAGUAGCUGCAGCAGCAGUAACUACGAAAGAUAUCUGACCCAGCGCAGCCCAAGCUGUCUGCUGGACAAGCCAGACUACAUGAGUCUGGUGGUGCCCUCUGUCUGUGGAAAUGGUUUUGUGGAGAAGGGAGAGCAAUGCGACUGUGGCACUGAAAAGGAGUGCACCAACCCGUGUUGCAACGCAACCACUUGCACCUUAAGUGAGGGCUCCCAGUGUGGUGCAGGGGAAUGCUGUGACGAGUGCAAGAUAUUACCGCGAUCCUGGGAGUGUCGGAGCAAGCGGGACGAGUGUGACUUAGCAGAAUACUGUGAUGGGGAAAGCGCCACCUGUCCUGAGGAUGUAUUCAAUGUAAAUGGCUUACCGUGCCAAGGUUCUGGUUACUGUUACAAUGGCCACUGUCCAAAAAGAUCAGACCAGUGCAUCAAAAUGUAUGGCCCAAGUGCCAUUGAUGCCCGUUCUUUCUGCUACAACCAGAACACCAGAGGAACUUACUAUGCCUUCUGCAGACGGCCCUCAAAUGACAGACACAUCCCUUGCCAGCAAGAAGAUGUGUUUUGCGGGAAGCUCUUCUGUCACAAUGGAAACGAGAGCCCAAACUACGGUCGCAUGGUGAGGUUUGGUGACUGCAAAGCAGCUUUCUUUGCAGAAUACACGAAAGACUACGGGCAGGUGGACACCGGGACCAAAUGUGGGGACGGAAAGGUGUGCAGCGGAAAUCAGUGUGUGAAUCUUCCAUCUGCUUACAGAAACACAAACUGUUCAGCAAAAUGUCCUGGCCAUGCGGUGUGUAAUCACAGAAGUGAAUGUCAGUGUGAGCCAGGCUGGUUGCCUCCUUCAUGCAGUUCCAAGGACAAGGAGUUUAGCUCUCUUUCCAACGGAGCGGUCACUGCCAUCGCCGUGACAAUUUCACUUGUGAUUCUGGGGAUUAUUGCUGCUGUGGUGGGCGUCGUCUGGAAAAAACGUCAGAGCUCCACGUUACCAACUACACAGAAAGUAAGGAAGGAGCCAGCAGUGGACAGAUCUGCUUUCCGUUUUGACAGCGCACCAGUUGGUCACCGUCCACCCACACAAGUGUCGCAGGCUGCAAGACUAAAACCCAAAGGAGCUCCACCCCCUCCUCCAACAGCAUUAAAUAGAGCAAAUCCCUCAGGCAACAACUACACAGCAGCUCGCCAGGCAUUAAGGCCAGUACCUCCACCAAAGGUCUAAUGGCAGACACCGCAAAACUCCAAGAAGGACGAAAACCUGAGGGAAAAACCCACUUUUUACCUGGAUCACAAUCAUUUUUAUGGAGCUUCUCACUGCAGUGCAGUCUGAGGCACAGAGGAGCUAAAUGGUCUACAGAGUUGAACAAUGAGAACUCAGGACUAGGGAAGACUAAGACAGGGACCUCUCAAAUGUGCCAUUUAAUCUCUCUCUUUGUUUGUGUAUGUGUGUCAAAUCAAUUUAUCUCUUUACUUACCAGUGACUUUACUUAUUAAAGUGUAUUGUGUAGUUGCAAUAAGAUUUUGUGUAGAGUUUGUAUUUUUGUAACUCUAGACAUUUGUACUGAAUGUAAAUUCAACAAUGUUUCUGCAUACCAUAAUUUAGGAGUUAGGAGCAAUGGAUUAUCACAGCCUUUGACUGUUUUCAUUGAUCAAAUCACUCUCAGGUUUAGGUAUAAAAAUGUUUAAUUGUUGCAAUUAUUAUCUUGCAUCAGCAUUUGGUAAAAAUGCUGGAACGUAUUUUAUUGCGUUAACGUGAGCUCAUAUGGUUCAAAAAGAAUUCAGAGGAUGGUUCACAAAGCUGAUGGAGUGCAAAACAAAAAGUAAAAACAGCAUUUCGUGGGACCACAUCUCCGCCAGAUUUACCGACUUGUACUCAAGUAUUAUUGCAGUCAUUUGGAGACUGCAAGGUAUGGCACCAAGUGAACGUGGCAUCUGUACUUAUAAGCAGUCGUUUUAGAUUUGUUUGGGCAAAGAGAAAUGGGAUGAAUUCAUUCUCCACACAGAGAGCCACCUUAAGAAUUGCAUUUCACACACUGUGCUUUGGACGUAUGUACUCCAUGAGUGCAUUUUACUCAUUUUAUUGGUGAUAUUGAAAUGGUAUUGCAAGGCAAUAAUUUUUUUUUAAUCCAGUUGGUUUCCAAUUUCUUCUAGAUCUGCCAGUCUGCUAAUAAGUUCUACAGCUUUAUACAAAUACUAGAUGGGGAUUAACCCCAUUGAGAAACGUUGUGCUGUCUUCGGUACUAAUUGCUAAAUUUGACACACACUUCAUUAUAAACCCUCAUAUAUAUAUAUAUAUGCGUGUGUGUGUGCUUUAUAUGGUCAUUUCUGAAUUCAAACCAAUGCCAUUGAAAAAAAAAAAAAGCAACCAAACAACGUUGGGUGCAGCUCACUAAUUACCUUACCUUAGCUCAAACCCAUACGAUGUCACAAUGAAGUAACACAACCAUUUGGUAGUGACUAAUUUAUGAGGUCAGUGUUCAGCCAUAGAUCAUGACUCUGUUAGUAUGACUUGCACUUCCUUUCCUUAGUUCGGGAUUGAAAAUAGCUUUUUUCUUUGCGCCUCUGCCAGUGUGCGUGACAAAUGAAUGGGUGCAGAAUAAAAAGCCUGGAAAAAAAAGCAGCACAAUGAAAGGUGAACAGUACAAAGCAGAGCAAACAGUGUGACAUGAGCGGUUUAGUGGUAUAUCGAGUCACAAACCAAGUCGGUCGGCCAUAUUCACUCGGCAUUACCGUUAAAUUUGUGUGAAAAACCCAGGUAAAAUAAUCGAACAAAUUUGUGUAGUCUAGCGUACUCCUUUGUAAAACUGCAACGCUAUGGUGCACACUAAGACAAACAGAUAUUAAAUAACCAGACAAAUGAAGUAAAACCCAGGAUUUUAUUUGUAUUUUAUUUGCAGUGAUACAUGUAUGUAUAAGAUUCCAUGGUCUUGCAUGAUAACUAUGGAACACUUUUUAACCCUACUAAGAUUCUUUAUAAGCAGUAUUUAUUUUUUCAUCAUUCUGCAAAAUAUGUACAGUAUAAGACCAAAAAGGCCAGUAUACCAUGCGGAUAACCCAAUCGAGCCUUACCUUAAAAAAAAAAAAACACUACAUGGACAAUUUUAACUUAGACCUCAGUUCUUUGGAUGUUUACUGAAAUGUUAUGAAGGUAAGAGCAAAGUACAAUACUUGAUGUAAGAACUUGUAUUGGAUGUAAUGUUACAUGGCUUGACUCUGUUUGCCAUCCACACACAUACAGAUAUUCAAGUGGCACAAUUGCAAACAGAAUAUUAAAAUUAGGAACAAUUCAUAUUAAGCUAAGUAACGCUUUCGUUCCCCACAUGACUGAAGUGCCAGAAAGCAAGCAUUGAGUAUAUGACAGCACCAGUUGAAAUGUGAGAGGAGGUUCUGGGCCACAUAUCUGCAAAAGAAUUCUGAAGUAUCUUAUGUACAGUAAAGUAGAAUGAAAUAUCCCUAAAAACAAGAUAUUUUUUGUUGUCGUCGUUGUUUUCCCUUUUUAAAAAAAAACAAAUAUUGCACAUACGAGUGGCCCAACCCCUCCUCCGUUGUUGCUCGAGUAAAAGGUAAAAGCAAGUUUUAAAGGGUUGUCGGGUGCCCAGUAAAGAUAGGUGAAGGUGCUCGCAGCAAAAGCGGGAGCCAAGCCACAGGAAAACAUCACAAACACCUGCAAAUCACAGCGACUAUCAAGUGGCUAGUAAAAAGGAAUAGACGCCAGGCAGCCAAUGAGCGAGCCCGAAAGGACUUCAGUACUACAGUACCGGUACUGCUAAGCCUUGCCAGAAGUCCACAAAUGAACAUCAGUCUACUGUGUCUCCAACUGCACUCAGUUAGAAGUCUUAAUUCAACACAGUAGUCACAAUUUCUUUAAAAAAAAAAAAAAAAAAAAGCCUGCACGCACAUAUCUGCAUACUGUAUAAUUAACAGUAAAUGGAGACAGUUAUACAGCUUUAGUAAAACAACAAUAUGACCUACAAACGUGUUUAACAAUAACGCAGCAGUGUAAACCGCUGUAUUUCCUUGAAAUACUGAAUUUUGAGUCCAUUUUUCCAGAGCGAGAAUACCCAAUGGCUACUCGGUUUCUUUGGGCAUAUCUGUCCUCUUUUUUUUUUUCCAACCGGUUUUUGGAUAAAGUUUGUUGAUGUGCUUCCAUCCGGGAUGGUGACGAACGAAGCAAGGCGUGCUGUGCGGUACCGUUCUGUACUGCAGAGUCCAUAAAUUGGUUUCGGUGAAAGCAAAUGUCUGAGCUGCCGUCACGUGAACAACUAUUAGGCCUACGGCACAAAAAGCAUCUAUCUUCAUUUUAAAAUGGUUUCAUUCACAAAAGGUAAUACAGGACAGUGUUAAUCAGAGAGAACAAAA